GUUGGUGGCGGCGAAGCAGUGCACAAUCAACCGCAUGCUCCUGGUGUGGGCGGGCUUUGCACCCAAGAGGAGGAAGCCUACCAGGGGCUUUGCUAUCCCAAAUGCUCAGACCUCACGAACGGCCAGUCCCCUUACCGGGUUGGUUCCUUCCAAUGCUGCCACGGUAGCGCACUAGACUGUCUGCAUGGUAAAGGGACCAUUUCUUCGACACCAAAUUAUGGGACCUCGGAGAUUCCCGCUGCAAAGGACCAUGGGCGGUCUUACAAAGCGCUAAACAUUAUCGAUGCCAAAUGUAAUGAGGACGAGGACGAUUACAACGGUCUUUGCUAUGAAAAGUGCAGCCGAUUGACCUACGGGCAGGGAACGAUCCGCACUGGGCCAAGUAGUUGCUGCACAUGCGGCAAAGGCUUUUUCCAGAAUCUAUGCUGUGGCUUGCCCUGGAAUGGUCUUUCAGAUGCAUCCUUCGCAGUUGGGCAGUCAGAAGCUGGUCAAGUCACUGACCCACAUCCUCCUGGCAUGAGAAUCCGCUGCUCUUCCGAUGAGGAGUUGUUUGAAGGUAUUUGCUAUUCGAAAUGCGCGACUCUCACGGGUGGUAAAAUGCCACAUAGAAUAACGUCGGCGGUGUGCUGCAAAUUUGAUUCAGCUUCGGCUUGCCAAAGUCCCGAGAACGCGGUCAUCAGCGUCAACUUGGAUCGAAGCCGCGAAAUUAGCAAUGCAUUACCACAUGCUCCGUAUAUGAGGCCUGAGACAGACUGA